UCGGUAUAGCUAGACAGGAGGGAGACCAAUGAGGCUCGUUGCGCUACUCGUCGCUUUACACAUCAGCGGCUCAGGCGUUUCGUCGUUCGGGCUGACCCCCGCGAUGAGGACGACAUCGCCGCGACAAUCGUUAUCGCGGUACCUCUUCAACCCGUCUUCUUCGGCGCCCAAGAGAACCGCCGAUGCUGUUGCUGUUGCGCGUGGCCGCCGCCGCAGCAGGUUGGUGGGGGGAGAACGCCCGCAACGGCGGUGUGGAGCCCAAGCUGGUAGCUCGAGUGGCGAGGGAAUCGGAGCGGACGACUCGGACGCACAGCCGAACGCUGAUGGCGGCAGCAGUAGCAGCGGCGAUGGCGACGGGAAGCCGAUUAGCCUGGUGGCAAGGCUUGGCACGGCAGGGUUGGUAUCGUACGGCGUGCUGAACGGGCUGUGGUACUCCGGCGGCAUCGCCUUCGUCAUGCUUGGGCCCAUGGGAGCGGUACCGGCAGGGAGUGGGAUCGAGGGAACGAUCGCCGCGUCGGUGAAGCAACUCGGAAAGGUGAUCGGCCUGGUUUGGCUCGGCAGCCAGGCGACGAAGCCCUUGCGCCUCGCCCUCGCGGCCCUCACGGCGCCCGCGGCGGACAGGCUGAUCGCGUCCACGCAGCGGCGGCUCGGCCUGAACAAGAAAGACGCCGUUUCCCUCCUCGUCGCCGCGAUCUUCGGGUCGACGGCCGCGUUCUGCCUCGCCGUGGUAACCUACGGGGUCGCCCGAGCCGCGAUGGUGUCGACGGUAGCACCCGCGGGACCCCCAUCCUCCUCGGCGGCGAUUUUGAUCCGACGGAGGAUGAUGAAAGAUCAGCAGUAGGGUUCGGUGUCGCCAGCGGUUUAGGGAGAACGCUGGCAGCGGCGGCGGC